AUGGAGAAGCGUGAUGUGUGGGAGCGCCUGAAGUGGAACGGCUGGGGCGAGAAGGGCGUGCAGUACGAGCUCAAUCAGAACGGCAACGUCGAACAUUCGCGUACCGGUGUCGAAUUGCCGAAGAUCAUCCCCUUCGCGAAGGACAUCUUUGGUCUGGAUGACCUCGAGAACACGCCCUCGGAGGCCGGCGGGUUCUGGAUCGGCCAGGGUCCCGGCAAGUCGUGGCACGAGAAGCGAUACGACCUGCCCAUGCUGCGCGAUCUCCUGCUCGAGAAGGGCCUGUGGGUGGACGUCGCCGAGACCGCCGUCUCUUUCUCCAACCUGCUCCUCCUGUGGAAGGACGUCAAGGAGUCCGUGCUCGACGCCUUCAAGGAGCGCAACGCGCCCGGCUGGAUCGGCGCCCACAUCUCGCACACCUACACGUCGGGCGUGUGCAUCUACUUCCACUACGCGAGCGUGCAGCAGCUCGACAAGAAGGACGACGUCCACGGCGAGGAGGACCUCAGCAUCUACCUCGACGCCAAGAAGGCCGCCACCACCGCCAUCCUCAGGAACAAUGGCGCGUUGAGUCAUCACCACGGCGUGGGCUACGAGCACGUGCCCUUCAUGAGCCGGUACAUCGGCAAGUCCAGCAUCAAGCUGCUCUCUGACAUCAAGAAGACGUUGGACCCGGCGUCGGUGUGCAACCCGGGCAAGCUGUUGCCAGAGGCCGGCAAGGAGGACAUGGACAACGAGGACCACUCGUUCUACAAGUAUGGCUUCGCCUCCCUCACCGACCAGCUCAAGCAGGCCUCGUCCGUCAGGGCCAAGAGCGCGCUCUAA